AAAAAAAAUAAUAAAAAUAAACCUUUCCCUCAAAGGGAAGGUCAUGUACUACUGAUAUAUACUUAGAUACAAGUGCUCAGAUUCAGACUUGGCUCUGGGCUCUGCCAUUUCCUUAUGUAACAGUAACAAAGUUUUAAUCAUCAGAUUUCAAACAUGUGGACAUCUUUUCUGGUAGGGAAAAAAUGUCAUUUUCUUCUCUGAUAGGGAAAAAAUGUCAUUAUUUUUCUUCUCUUGUAGCUUCCUCUGCCAUAUGGAGCAAUGCAAUGACUCAAAAAUUUUAGAAUUUUAUCUCCUGGGAUUAUCAGAGGACCCGGAACAGCAGCCCCUCCUCUUUGGGCUCUUUCUCUCCAUGUACCUGGUCAUUGUGUUGGGGAACCUUCUCCUCAUCCUGGCCGUCAGCUCAGACUCCCACCUCCACACCCCCAUGUACUUCUUCCUCUCCAACCUGUCCUUGGUGGACAUGUGCUUCACCUCUACCACCAUCCCUAAGAUGCUGUACAACAUCUGGACACAGAGCAAAGCCAUCACCUACGCAGGCUGCCUCACCCAGAUGUGUUUCUACUUGCUUUUUGGAGCACUGGACAACUUCCUCCUGGCCGUGAUGGCGUAUGACCGCUAUGUGGCCAUCUGUCACCCCCUGCACUACAUGAUCAUCAUGAACCCCCAGCUCUGUGGAUGGCUGGUUCUGGGGUGCUGGACUGUGAGUAUAGGGAAUUCUGUGUUCAACGGCUUGUUGGUGUUACAAUUGUCCUUCUCUCCAGACCUGAAAAUCCCCCACUUUUCCUGUGAACUCAAUCAGAUGAACCAACUUGCCUGUUCUGACACCUUUCUUAACAACGUGUUGAUGUUUUUGAUAACAGCAGUGCUGGGUGGUGGCCCUUGUGCUGGGAUCCUUUACUCUUACUCCAAGAUUGUUUCUUCGAUACAGAGAAUUGCUUCCAUGGAAGGGAAGUACAAGGCAUUUUCAACGUGUGCGUCUCACCUCUCUGUUGUUCUCUUGUUUUAUUCUUCAGUCCUAGGAGUCUACCUGAGCUCUUCUAGUACCCACAGCUCACUCUCAAGUCCAAUAGCCUCAGUGAUGUACACAGUGGUCACCCCCAUGCUGAACCCCUUCAUCUACAGCCUCAGGAACAAAGACAUCAAGAGGGCUCUGAGACGAUUCUUUGGUCUGACAGUCAAAUAA